UGGCGCUGCUGUGGGGGAGGCCGCGAGCGAGAGCCGGGAAGGGCUGGAUCCCCGAGAUGGAGGUAAGUUGCUUAACACUAAAAGACUUGAUCAGCCCAAGGCACACAAGAAUCGAUCUGGCGGCUGAAGAUGGGGAAAAUGCACAAAAGGAAAACAUAUUUGAUCAAUCCAGAAUGACCCCAAAGACUCCCAUGAAAAAUGAACCAAUUGAUUUAUCAAAGCAAAAGGGCUGCACCCCAGAAAGAAAUCCAAUUACACCUGUUAAGCUUGUUGACAGACCUCUGGCAGAUCCAUGGACCCCCACAGCUAACCUGAAGAUGCUUAUUAGUGCUGCUAGCCCUGACAUGAGGGACAGGGAAAAGAAGAAAGAGCUCUUUAGACCAAUCGAGAACAGUGAGCAGAAUGAUGCUUUUCCUGAUUCUGUACAGUAUGAUAUGGUAGAUGAUGGCACAGUGGAUGAAUUUGAAAAGCAGAGACCCAGCAGAAAACAGAAGAGCUUAGGACUCUUAUGCCAAAAGUUUCUAGCUCGCUACCCAAGUUACCCUUUGUCAGCAGAAAAAUCUACCAUUUCUUUGGAUGAAGUGGCUUCUAGUCUUGGAGUUGAGCGUCGGCGCAUCUAUGACAUAGUGAAUGUUCUGGAAUCGUUGCAUCUUGUUAGCCGUGUGGCCAAGAAUCAGUACUGUUGGCACGGACGACACAGCCUGAGUCAAACUCUAAAAAACCUUCAGGAAAUAGGAGAGCUCCAGAAGUAUGAAGAACAGAUGGCUUACAUCCAGCAUAAAGAGCAGGACCUUGAGUAUAAAUUUGGAGACUGUAAAAAGGAAACCUUUCUGGAUUCCCAAGACAGACAGUUACUUGACUGUUCGGAGGCAGAUUGCCCCUCUGCAGCUGCAAACAGCAGAAAGGACAAGUCAUUACGGAUUAUGAGCCAAAAGUUUGUCAUGCUGUUUCUUGUCUCCAAAACCAAGAUAGUCACUCUUGACAUAGCAGCAAAAAUACUGAUAGAAGAAAGCCAGGAUGCAGCAGAUCACAGCAAGUUUAAAACAAAGGUACGAAGACUGUAUGAUAUCGCCAACGUUCUGACCAGCUUAGGGCUCAUAAAGAAAGUGCAUGUCACAGAAGAAAGGGGUCGCAAACCAGCCUUCAAAUGGAUUGGGCCUGUGGAAUUCAGUGGAAAUAGUGCAAAGCUCCACGACGUGGCAGAAGCUACCAUGACAACAGGUGUCCUUCAGGUGAUAACUUUACAAAAACCAAUUCCUUUAGAUGAUCCGAAAACUGAUGUUCCAACAUCUGCUGCUUUACCAGACCUGAAAAGAGGGGCGUGUGCCCAACAUCAUACCUGUGCUAAUGGAAAACAGAGGUUCGCACGGCAUGCUUCAUUUAACACUGUUCAGCCUUCUGAAAGGAUCAAAAGGAAGGUCAGCUCUGAACCCAACAGCCCGCAUAGGGAGAGGCAAGCUUGCAUUGUCGGUUCAGAUGAAUACUGCUCCAAAAUGAUAAAUCUAGAAGCUGUCUGCAGACAGAAGAUGGAAAAGGAUACAAAGAGUAAAAUUUGUGCCACUGAAACAAUCUUAAAUUCAUCGAGGAACCCAGCUAUAAUCUCUCCUUUCUCUGUUCUUCCGGAUCCUGGGGACUCUGAUUUUUGCCUUAACCCCUUACCUCACCCAGUGUUUCCUGUUGCUCACUCAGACAUGUCAAACCUCUCUCUGCCAAAUGGUACGAAUGGCCAAGUUUUGCAGACUCCCAUUUUGGCAGCCUCCAAAACAGAGAAUGGGAAAACUGCUCUGCUCCCCAACCAGUCUUUUGUUUACCUCCCCUCUGCAUCUCUCGUCAUGCUGUGUGGCAGUCCUCAGGAAAGUCUGUCCAGGGAGAACCUUCCAACUACAGGAGAAAAGUGCAACAGAAGCCCUGAGGGACAGGCCUCACCCCUAAAGCCACAAGCUGCUGUAUUUGCUGUUAACUGUCACAAGCGUUCCCAGAAGUGUGUGUGUCUCCCCACACCUGCAGCCAGCAUAGAGCCAGCUGCUAAAAGGAAAACUAUGGAGCAGAGUGAUGUCCCCCUCUCAUUGGUGCUUCCCAAGAAACCUUUUGAGCCACCUGAUGUAGAAUAUUCCCGGGGAAGCAACUGUGCCUCUAAUGUGCAUCUAGGAGCUUUUCAUCUUGACUUAGGAACGCCUGCUGACGAGGCUGGAGAAGAGAAUACAACUAAACCUUUAGAUUCUCAGGAGCAGGAAAAGCAAUCUCAGAGCAGAGACCUUGAAGAUCCCUCACAGGGAAAAGAGCAAAUCUCUCAAGAAAAUACCAAACAGCCCUUCUUUCCACAGUAUCUCUAUGUGCAGCCAGCAGCAGGAUUAAGUGGUUUUAACUUCCUGUUUUCUGCAAACCAAAUCCCUGGUGCUGUUGGUCUGUCUGCAAGCCAGUUACCAUCUCUUAGUGUUCCCUGUGUGGUAGUGCCAUCUACAGCCGUGGCACCCUUCCCUCUUAUCUGUUCUCCAGCAAUCACCAAUCCACUUCCGUCUGCUCCUGCUGGCUCUUUUCCAAGUACUGCAUCCACAAAUUUCAGCAUGCCUGGUCUAACAUCAACAACACCUGUCUUUAUUGGCACCACAGCAAUGGUUACUCCAAAGACCUCCAAAAUACCUUCAGUGGAUCCACAGCAACCAGUACCUUCUGCUGUACAUUUGAGCCCUGUGCUUGGAAGAUCUUGCAACACGGUUAAACUGGAAUCCUCAGUUUGUACGGGGCCCCCAGUCACCCUUCUGAAACUACAACAGCCAUCAUCAGCCCCACUUACUCCGAAGAGCAUUCGUCCUACACAUCACGAGGCAUUUUUCAAAACUCCCGGCAGCCUUGGAGAUCCUAUUGCAUGGAAGAAAAAUGAAGGCAACCAGACCAGAAAUGCCAGUUCUGUUCAGAGAAGACUAGAAAUCUCAAGUAGUGGCAGUGACUAAUCCAGCUCAUUGCAAAGGUGUGGUCAUGUUGUAACAUGACUUCAUAAUUGUUACAAAAGAAACAGCUAUCGUCUAACAAGAGGAGCAUGUUAAAAUGUCAUCCCUCUUGUGUAUUUGCCCACUAGUUCUUUAACUUUCUCUUUCAUGAAUCAUCCCUAUCACUGAAAUAGCUUCAUUAAUUCCUUAUGUAAUACUAGUUAGGAUUCAGACUUUGUGUACGGUGCAGCAAUGUGAGCAUCAAAUUGCAUUUGUGGUUUUAAUUUGAAAAAUAUCAUAUUGCUGUGAGGAAAUGCAAACAGACUUACUGGAGUCUCAUGGAGCUUUUUGUUUGUUUGGGUGGUGGGUUUUUUGUUCUUUUUUUAAUGAGCUGUCUAGCACUUAUCUAGGGUGAGUGUUUUUUACAUGUCCUCUACUUACCCUGAAUAAAUCUGUGGUAAAAAACGAUAACCUCCUGCAGUUGUAGAAGCAGCUGCUUGCUGUGUUCCAAUCUGUCAAGUUCUGCCUCAGCAAUGCAGCCUCUUGUUAUUUAUUUUGUACAUUGGAAUGGGAUUUAGUGCAAAAUGUUUGCAGCUUCUAAAUAACAGAUUUUCUCAGGGUAUGACUACUUGAAUAUUGAUUGGUUGUUGUACAGUUUUCCCUGCACUUGUUUUACAAAAGCCUGAUAAACUUACAGUAUGGAUGAGUGUAUACAUAUGAAAAAUAUUAAGACCAAAAUAACUGUGAAUCUAACUUUUUUUGGUAGUUGUGUUAAUGAACUGUAUUAGUCCUUGUUUUGUGUCUUUUUACUGGGCAAAAAGUACAAGUUAAUUGACAAAUAGUCCAGAAGCUGGUUCCUAAAUAACAAUCUGACAAAUUAAUUUUGGGAAUAGUGAACCUCUGAAAUGUUGGUCUAGAAUCUCUAAGGCCAGAUUACACUGAUGAGCAGUUAAUCACAAGAAUAGAUCCAGUUUCCAAAGGGAAUACUUGUGUGCAUAACUGUUCACCAAUGACAGUAGGGGGUUUUGGUAAUGCUCAUUAGAAAUAAUAGUUAUCCAACUAUGUUUUAAUAUGGCUGGAGAUUAAGAACAAGGAUGGUCCCCCAUGAAUGGCAUAUUUGAAUACACGUGAAAAAUGGGAGGCUUUGUGUUUAGGCACUUACGUGGCUAAAUUGUAGAAAGAGGAUAUCCAUGAAUAGGAGUCAUGAAUUUGGGAAGAGAGCGAAGUAGUUAUCUUUAUUCUUGGAGGGAAAGUAAGAAUAAAGAAAGGGAUAUGUCACACUUAGCAUUCAGAGUCUUCAAACAGUGGAAAUAAUGUAAUGGUUAGUACUGAUUUGAGAUGUGUUUUCACAAACUUAAUCUACAAUUGUAUUUUUUCAGUCUUCUUUUUUAAUACUAUCAUGUUUUGAACUUUUAUCAAAAAUAUGGGUAGCCACAUCAGCUCUUCUUUCAUGUAGUAAGAAUGUUGUGUGUUUACUGGCAUUGCUCUCUGAGAGCAGACAGAGUCUAGUGUGCUACUUCGCUAGUUUUGAGAGUGAAGGAUGGUUUUUGUGGGGGGGAGUUAUAAUGAAAUGUGUCCUUACAAUAUGGAAUUUAAGAAUGAAUGUUAGUGGAGCUGAAGUGGGAGUACAGUGGCCUUAUGUUAGAAGUAGACCAAUAUCAGCCUUAUAAGGAGGGAGUAUUUUAAUCCCUCUUUUUAAAAAAAAAAAAAAAAAAACCAACUUGACAGGAGAAUGACAACAGAAAUUUUCAGGUGUGGGAAAGGGAAAUUUUAACAUUGGUAAAAUUUAAGUUUUAUUUUUUUACACUACAGUUUUACAAGUUUACAUGAUUGUAUUUUUUCUUACAGUCCCAAUUAUAAAUUGCUUUCCAAGGUGAAAUGAAGUCUGUAGCUAAAAUUAAUAUUGCCAAUCAUAUAUUACAGCUACUAUGCUGUGACUCUUCCUCAGCUACUAUGCGUCAGUACCUGUUUAGGCUUGAAACACUGCUAUUGUUCCAGAUUGUAUAGAGAGUCUACAUUAGACUCACAAUCUGUUUGCUCCUUUACUUGUGAGCAGCAUGUUAGUGAAAUGGCAGUCUGGAGGGAGGAGGAGUGAUUUAAAAUAUUAAGCCUUUUUACUCCACGGUUAAAUCAUCAUUGCAAAGCCCAUCUCAUUUUGUCAGCAAGGCUGUUCUGUUUCAUGAUUGACCUAACUAUGCUUAAAAAUACAGGGACAGAAGAUCUUCAGUUUCCAAUAUCUACUUCCACAUUUGACUUUUCAUUAAAACACUGGGCCUGAUUCUGAUCUCAUUUUCACCAAUAUCAAUCAGGCAUAACUCUACUGAAGUCAGUGGAGUUAGACCAAUUAUGGUGAGAACUGAAUCGGGCCUACCUAGCUUUUGUAAUAUACAGAGAGUGCAAGGGUUGCUAUGGGGCUUGGCGCUGUUGCAUUUAUGUCAAUGGCAAGACUCUCACCCAGGUAAACAGGAGCAGGAGCGAGACCACUGUGGAAUGUAAAAUAACCCAUCAAACCAUGCUACCUGCAGAAGAACUUGCAGCAUUUAGGCUGCUGCACUUGAUUUGGCAUAUUUCUGGUAGUCAAGGCAAUGGCAGUCUACACUUUCUCUUCCAGUGUCCAGUCAAACCAAUCAGCAAAACUGCGAAGGAGAAGCAGGAUUUCAAUUUGCACUGAGGAAAGUGCACGUACACGAUGUUGUGCAGGGUUUGUGAAACAUUUUUGUUCUGGUACAAGUGUUUGGGGGGUGGGGGGAUGUAUAAUUUAUAUACUUGAAUCUACAUACCAGGUUUACAUUUCUCAAUUUCUUUUGUAAAAGGUGCUAUUUCUGUAUUUAAAAAGCUGUAUUUUUAAUGUAAAGCUGCUUCCUCUUUUGUAUCAUUGCACUGCUAGUUUUAUAUAGAUAUUAAUUUUAUUGCUGCCUGUAACUGUUCUUCACUGGUUUAAACGUCACUUCCUCCUUUUCCUCCUAUCUAGUAAUGUUCUAUAACUGUACUACAAUCACACUGUUGUUGA